AGUAACCUAAGCCUGGAUUGAUUCCAACAUCGUCAACAAAAUCCAAAGCAAGCAUAAGCCACUCGCUUUCCCCCCUCGCAGACCGUCGCGUCGCAGACAAAAGGAAACCGGGCAGAACCUCAGAAUUCGCCGGCGCCGCCGUCUUCCUGACCGCCCGGAAUGGCGGCCGUCGGCUCUCCUCCAUCGUCCUCAGCCGCUUCCCCCAGCAGUCCCGCCCGUAGGAAACCCGUGGCUCUUCACGGCCUCUCUCCCGUCGAGCGGUAUGAUUGGGGGGAGAAUGUGAAGCCGCUGCCGGUGGCGCCAAUGUCUGAGUCGCCGAGGCUGCGACAAUCUCCUGUCUCGCCUGUCAAGGUCAACUUCCAGCCAGAAGACUGGGCCCGCCCGUCAACCGGGAACAUCGAGACGCACCUCCCGCACGGCGGCCCCAUCCCUGUCCCUGCCUUCGACCGUGCGCUACCCAAGACGCCCGACGCCCCAACACCACCGCCGCACACGCCCGGAUACCAGCCAGAGCAGAGCCAUCGACAGAGCUCGGUUCCAGAUGCAUUGGGUCUGCAUUCUGCCGCCAAUGGCACCGGAACGCCGCUUUCGCCUCAGGCCGCUAGUGCCCUGAGCACAGAGUUCGACCAGCUGAGCAUGGGCGACGAGCAUGGGCUAAAGGGGGAGAACCGGAACAGCCGGGAGUCAGAUACAACGACCAGCACGUCACGGCAGCAGACGUCAGCCGAGUCAUCGGCCACCACGAGCGCGAGCUCUGUGUCUGGGAUCCUCGAUGCUUCGGACAACCAAGACAACUCGGCAGACGCAUCCACCAAGAGCUCAAUCAUCGACGAUGGGGGGCCGCGACCCGAACCCGUGCCCCAGCUGCACUACCACCACUCGGCCUUGCUCCCACGCCCUGCCAGCAUAGCGGUUGACCAGGAUCCGAGAGCUCAGUCAAACCCCAACCUCGCCGAGACUGGUGCUAGCAUCAAUCGCCAUCUGACUCCGAAUGCCAACUACAUGAGGAGGAGUUCGCUGCCGCGGCCCCAAUCAGCAUAUUCGGUGUAUUCUGACCUUGGGCCGCGGGGGCGUUCGCCCGGCAUGUUGGGCAGCUCCCAGGGCCGCGCACCCUCGGCGCAUUCGAGGAAAUCCCCCGACGCGCGGCCGUCUUCGUUUGCUGAGCUGCUUAGUGUCCCAUAUCCGCAGCCGGCGCCGGCGCCCAUUACGUUCGACAACUCGCAGCUCCGAUCCGCUGUGGGGAACAAUGCGUCUCUACUCAGCGCCGAAAAGACACUGGAAAUGUACAGGCAGAACGUGAAGAAAACCAACGAUUUCUCGAUAUUGUACUCGUUCGCCGUCUUCCUCAUCGCCACAGCGCAAGAGCAGGGGCUGGAUUCCCAAGAUCCCAAGAAGAGCAAGAGUCCGAAGCCCGCGUCGGGGGAAACGCCUGUCUCGUCCCCGCACGACCUGAUCCGCGAAGCGCGUGCCAUCCUCCAGAAGCUGUCCAACAAUGGGUAUCCCUUUGCGCAGUACUAUCUUGCUGACGGCUACGCGUCGGGCCUCUUCAGCAAGGGCAAGGAGGACUACAACUCUGCAUUCCCGCUUUUCGUCCUUGCUGCCAAGCACGGGCACGCAGAGUCGGCGUAUCGCACCGCGUUGUGUUACGAGUUCGGCUGGGGCUGCCGUAAAGACCCUGCCAAGGCCGUGCAGUUUCUGCGGACGGCGGCGUCCAAGCGGCACCCGGGUGCCAUGACGAGGCUCGGGAAGGCUUGCUUGUCGGGCGAUCUCGGGGAGAAGCGGUAUAGGGAAGGCGUCAAGUGGCUCAAGCUAGCCGCCGAGGCGGCUGACGCGGUGUACAAUGCGGCGCCUUACCACUUAGGAUGCCUGUACGAGACGGGCUACGGCGACGACGUCUUCCUGGACGAGAGCUACGCCGCAGAGCUCUUCACGCAGGCCGCCGAUCUGGGGCAUCCCGAGGCUAACUAUCGGAUGGGCGAUGCGUACGAGCACGGCAAAUUGAACUGCCCAAGAGAUCCAGCCCUGAGUGUGCAUUUCUACACUGGUGCGGCGGAGCGCGGCCACCCGGCGGCCAUGAUGGGACUCUGCGCUUGGUAUAUGGUCGGCGCAGAACCUGUUCUUGAAAAGGAUGAAGAGGAAGCAUACGAGUGGGCACGGAGGGCAGCGGAACUUGGCUAUGUUAAAGCGCAAUACGCUGUCGGAUACUUCACGGAGAUAGGCAUCGGGUGCCGGCGAGACAUCCUCGAGGCUAAUGUGUGGUACGUCAAAGCGGCCGACGCGGGUGACGAGCGUGCGAAACAACGCCUUGCCGCCAUCCGCGCCGCCAUCAGUGGUGGGACACCGAUGGAGGUGGCGCCGCCUCGGAAUGCCAAGGUCAGAAAGAGUGGCGGAGAGGGCGACUCCAAGGAGUGCAUAGUAAUGUAAUGGGCCCUUGAUGAGGGAGCACUCCCGAGUGGCCAAACCCGCAUAUUGUUUGGGAAUGGGUAAUGGUAUAAUACGACAUCCAC